GUAGACGUGACAGUCGUAGCUUUGCUCGGCACUCGCACCACCUUGGACGACCAGUACCAACUCGUGGCAACUACACGGCAAAGGAGCACAGGCGCACACGUAGCCGUUUUUCUGCACGAUCUGCCUCCAAGCCUUUGCUGCGGAAAUAGAUCAGACGGCUGCUAUUACUGCUGCUCUGUCUGUGUUGCACAGUGAGGGUGCCCAUCCAGGGUGUUGGUUAUCAUGGAGCGGGGGCAGUCACUGAAGCGGAGACGAGGCUGGCUCUUGGCGGGGUGCUCCCUGCUAGCCGCCCCGGUACAAGCAGCAGCGUGGCCCUCAUGGGGCACGCUAUGGCCGUCGUUGCCACUGUCGCCGCAGAGCUCGCGUAACCAAGCCGCCGAACCGUCCCGCCAAAACCAUCACGGCACUACUCAUCCUGCAGCAGCAGCAGCAGCGGCAGAGAAACCGCCUUCGCUACGCGGCGGGCGCAGGUCUCCCUCACGGCAACUCAGAGCCGGCAAGGUCAAGAAGCACCGCACCAUCCCCUUACCCUCGCGGGUUUUGGAGGUGGCCAUCGCCGUUCAGGGACGACACGGCGACUGGAACGCGUGCUCCGCCGAGACUUGCACGCAGACCAGGCUUGUCUUCUGCGAGACGCUGGACUCGAGGAUCGUGGUGUCGAACGACCUGUGCGGGGAUGAGCUCCCCGCCGCCGAGCGGGAGUGCACGGGUGCAGACAUCGACGAGGUGUGCGGCGGCAGAGAUAGUAGCGCUAGAGGGGGACCGACGCAGCAGCAAACGAGCGGCGGCAAAAAUAACAGUGCGGACAGCACCACCCUUGCGGAAAAUGCGGGCGGAAGCAACGGGCAGAAGACGGGUGAUACGCACAGCCCGGUCGUCUCCAACAGCCAGAAGGGGAAGGAGGUGCCUUCGGCGAUACCGCGGGGGGGGGAAACAACGGCCAGCUCCAAGACGGGAGAGGAGGGGGGAGAGGAGGAGGAGGAGGCCGGUGGCCCGGCGUUGAAGGGGAGUGCGUCGCGGGAUGACGCUGCAGACAGGUCGUCUCGGCCACAGGACGAAAUUCCCGCAGCAGCAUCAACCAACGAGUCCGCUCACAUACUGGCGGCGAAACAGCAGUCUGCCAUGUCUCGGAUGGGCGGGCCAGGGAGGAACCGUGCCCAGUACCGGUUCUGGCUGGUGAUGGCCAUCGGAGCCGGAGCCGUGGGGUCGUUCUUGGCCGUUGUGGUCUUCGCCGUGGGGCAGUACCGCAAGGAGCGGCACCGUCUCCGAGGUAUAAUGCCCCUCAACGAGUUCCCCCAGGACAACUACAUCAACCCGUUCGCUAAGCAGCUGUCUUCCGACCUAUCAGACGACGAUCGAUCGGCCUUCAAGCUGUAAAGACUUGGUUGCUGCUUGAUCUUCCGAAGUCCGUUAGCAGCUCGUCCUUGGUCGGACGAAAUUUUGUUCCCGUGUAGCUGGCGAAACACCGGCGGUGUGGGUUUUGCGAGGGUGGUUCUGAGGUUUCGCCUUUAGUUGUUCUGUUCCCAGUCUUUGGCUUGUCUUGUCUUUUGGCUAGUAUCGGGGGUUGCGAUCUUCGCCGGUGGAUGUUGUCCACCAGUUAUGGUGACGACAGCGUUUUUUUUCAAUUUUUGUUGUUGUUUGUUGGUCUUGUGUGUGCGUUCUCUAGCUUGACUGUCCUCGACUGUACGACUGUUUAUCCCGUCUGCUGUUCGUGCCGCUGUUUAGUCGGCUGCGCUUGGCCUCCCACAUGUGCUUGGGGGGGACUCCGUGUGGCAGUAUAGUACAACGUCGGCUGCGCUCUCCGCACAUCCCAAGAUUGUGAUUCGUGUCUCGUGCUAUGGUGUUGUUUUUGUGAUGCUUGAAAGGCGUAGGUCGUAGAACAAUAGCCUUAUCUUCGAAUACUCUUUGAGAUUUUCCCUCGUGCGCGCGCAUCGCAAGGAGGCGUGUGUGGGGUGAACCGAAUCUUUUCACUUCGUAUUUUUUCGAGCAAUGCCUACAGUGCCAACACCUUCCCCGGCGAACGCCGCUGUCGCUGUGGUAGCACGGGCACCUUCAGAGCCUUCAGGAGGUUUGGGACAGGUGGAUAACGCUAGCGGCUGAGCUCGGCCUCUCCAGGGACGUUGAUGGCGCGGGGGGGUUCUGUAACACCCUGCUUGGUAUAUGUCACAAUUCGUUGGAAGGGGGGGGGCGCCGUGGCGUGGCAUCGCGGCGUAGACGAUAAGGAUGGAGGUAUUCAAGGAGGCCGCUUUUUUGUCGGCGAGUACCCGAAAUAUUUUUUUCGUGUGUUGUUUUAUUCUGUGCGUGGAUGUGAUCUGGUACCUGAGUAUGAUAUGAUGGCCCUUGCCGUUGGUGUGCUACGUGCAUGACUCUGCCACCGUUUCGCAGUCAAUUCGUCCAUUUUUGGCUUUUGUACCAACGAUCUAGUUGUCCGCGAAAAUCGGCCUUGAUAUUGAUGCUUGCCCUUCUAGGUGGACAGCUGCUGUCGACCGCAGCGUUACAUACAACCUUCUGUGUCUUGAAACCCGGCGUUGGUUACCGGGCUGCAAGACGGCAGAUAAAAGGGUUUGCUCUUCGCAGGAUAGGUUGGUGCAUGUGGUGGUUUCGUCCACCGUUGGUUGUCGAGAUUCGACGGAUUCAUCCCUCCGCACGGAUGGGAACAUCUGCUUGCCAUCCUCUCGCUUGGAAAACGGUCGAGAAUGUGAAUUUGAAGGUGAUAUGGAUAAACAUGAAUGUCAUAGAUUGUAGUCCUCGAUGUUCACGUCCAAAAGCAGUCAACCGCGGGUGGGCUACGGUACAGUCCUUGAUUCCCACAUGGGCUCCUGGGUGGACUAACGUUCCCGUAGCCUGCUUCGCUGUGGGAGGGGGGGGGCUUCGCGGCUUGUGGGCGUCCCGUCGCGGUUAUUUGAGAUAACAGUCGGGCAACAACCGCGGAAGUAUGCACCGAAUG